GACAACAAAAAACAACCAAAACAACUUUUUUCUUUUUGUUGCAACGCUUUGGCUGUAUAUGCGUGGCUGAGCCAUCGUAAGGCUGCGACACGACGACAGGGUCUUUGAUAGGACUGGAAAGCUGGUCUCCACAGCUCAUUCAUUCAUACUACUCGCCCCGUUCACUACACACACACACACACACAAAAGACAGCUCAUCAUGGACGAAGCAGCAGCAAAUCAGCUCGCAUCAACAGCCUUCCCACUCAUCCACGGAAAAGACGAGAGCGAGGACCUUGCUGGAAAAGUACUAGAGCUUCAGGAGGGACUCAAAGAUUUACUCAAGCGUGUGGCGACAGUGCAUGAGGAGCAUGACAAGAAGCGGGACGAAAACCUGAUGCUACAACAGUACAUUGCUAAUCUGAUGAACUCGAAUGCCGUUCGUGGAGAUGUCGGAGGAAAGUAGAGUUCAGGAUUCGGAUUUGCUCCUACAAGAUGCGCCUCUUGUCGCCGCCCAAUUGACCUACCCGUUACUGUCGUCCAAUCCUCAGCUGGAAGAAAAAGGAAUCGAGCGGGAGUUGCAGACACAACAGCAUUGCAUCUUUGGUGAUUAUUUGCAGCGAGUAGCACGAGUAUGCGAUCGACAACUGAGGAAAGCGCUCUUCGCCGGGACCCGGCGUUUGCAGCAACUAAAUAUGAUACCAACUGUAAUAAAACAAGCAAGCGAUGGCGCCCACUUUAUUUCCCUUCAUAUUUCUAUUGCGGGUUUUAUGACUUUCUUGAUAGCGGUAAGCAUACAUUGGG